AUGGCGGCUUCAUCAACUCUUUCCAGUUCCAUCACCACCUUCAAACUGUCUCCGUGCCAACCACGCGCCUCCUCUAUUACCGCCUCCGUCAAACUCCCUUCGAUUUCUUCCAAUAACCCUUUCAAUCCCUUAAUUUCUCAUUUUGGCCCAACUCCGGAAAACCCCACCGUCGCACCUCUCCGUUGUUCCGCCGCCUCCGCCACACCGGAAACCACCACCACGACCGCCACCACAUUCCACGGCCUCUGCUACGUCGUCGGGGACAACAUCGACACUGACCAAAUCAUCCCCGCAGAAUACCUAACCCUAGUCCCGUCAAACCCAGACGAGUACAAAAAACUCGGGUCCUACGCGCUGUGCGGACUCCCUUCAUCCUACCAAACCCGUUUCAUCGACCCGGAUGAAUUCACAUCCAAGUACUCCAUCAUCAUAGGCGGAGACAACUUCGGGUGCGGGUCGUCGCGUGAGCACGCACCGGUUGCUUUAGGAGCCGCGGGCGUGGCGGCGGUGGUGGCGGAGUCGUACGCUAGGAUUUUCUUCAGGAACUCGGUUGCGACAGGCGAAGUUUAUCCGCUUGAAUCGGAAGUGAGGAUUUGUGAGGAGUGUAAGACGGGUGAUGUGGUGACUGUUGAGCUAGGAGAGAGUAGGUUGAUUAAUCAUACGACUGGAAAAGAGUAUAAAUUGAAGCCAAUUGGUGAUGCUGGUCCUGUCAUUGAAGCUGGUGGCAUUUUUGCUUAUGCAAGAAAGGCUGGAAUGAUUCCUUCCCGAGAAGCUUAGUUUUCGAAGUGGUAAUUGAUUCAGUU